GAUAUUACUUAACCGUGUGUUCGUCGGCGUACAGAUUAAGUUUAUAAUUUUUAUGUUUUUCAAUCGUAAACUCGCCUAAAACUCGUGGAUAUAAAAACUAUUGUUUGCUUUUGUUUGCAAAUCAUUGUUGCUACUUUUAUAUUCUGUGGUUGCCCAGCCUUGGUAUUUGCCGAUAUGUGUUCUAUGGGAUAAGGUUGUGGAUGAAUGACAAAAUAAGUUUUUCAAAUCGUGCGUUGUAAUCAUGGCAUCUGAACGGUAUAGUUUUUCGUUGACAACUUUUAGUCCAUCAGGAAAGUUGGUGCAGAUAGAGUAUGCAUUAGCAGCAGUUGCUUCAGGGGCACCAUCUGUUGGCAUUAAAGCAACAAAUGGAGUAGUUCUUGCAACUGAAAACAAACACAAGUCUAUCCUUUAUGAAGAACACAGUGUACAUAAGGUGGAGAUGAUAACACAACACAUUGGAAUGGUGUACAGUGGUAUGGGCCCAGAUUACCGUCUUCUUGUGAAACGAGCUAGAAAGAUGGCACAACAGUACCAGCUUAUUUACAAAGAGCCUAUUCCAACAGCUCAGCUUGUUCAGAGGGUAGCUAUGGUUAUGCAAGAAUACACACAGUCAGGAGGUGUACGUCCUUUUGGAGUGUCACUGUUGAUUUGUGGCUGGGACUCUGGGAGGCCAUACUUGUUCCAGUGUGACCCUUCAGGUGCCUAUUUCGCUUGGAAAGCCACAGCGAUGGGCAAAAACUAUGUUUCUGGAAAAUCCUUCUUGGAGAAAAGAUACAGCGAAAAGUUGGAGCUUGAUGAUGCGGUUCACACAGCCAUCCUGACCCUUAAAGAAGGCUUUGAGGGCCAAAUGACUGCUGACAACAUUGAAGUUGGAAUAUGUGAUGAGAAGGGUUUCCGACGGCUAGAUCCUUCGAGUGUAAAGGAUUAUCUCGCAAGCAUCCCAUAGUUUUCUAUUUUUCCUUAUUUUUUUUCCCUCCGAAGUUAAAAAUUUUCACAUUGAAGAAUUGUUACACAAGUCAUUACUUCCUUUAUUUUUAUGAAAAUCAAUAAAUUUGUCAAUUUUGACUAAAUGUAA